CGUCACCUGUGGGAACGGUAACCAGAAACGGACCCGCUCUUGUGGCUACGCAUGCACUGCGACCGAAUCUAGGACCUGCGACCGUCCAAACUGCCCAGGCAUUGAAGACACUUUCAGGACGGCGGCCACCGAAGUGAGUCUGCUUGCGGGAAGCGAGGAGUUUAAUGCCACUAAGCUGUUUGAAGUCGACACAGACAGCUGUGAGCGAUGGAUGAGCUGCAAAAGCGAAUUCCUGAAGAAGUAUAUGCACAAGGUGAUCAAUGACCUGCCCAGCUGCCCCUGCUCCUACCCCACCGAGGUGGCCUAUAGCACCGCAGACAUCUUUGACCGCAUCAAGCGCAAGGACUUCCGCUGGAAGGAUGCCAGCGGACCCAAAGAGAAGCUGGAGAUCUACAAGCCCACGGCUCGCUACUGCAUCCGGUCCAUGCUGUCGCUGGAGAGCACCACUCUGGCUGCCCAGCACUGCUGCUAUGGCGACAACAUGCAGCUCAUCACCAGGGGCAAAGGGGCAGGGACGCCCAACCUCAUCAGCACUGAGUUCUCUGCUGAGCUGCACUACAAGGUGGAUGUGCUGCCCUGGAUCAUCUGCAAGGGCGACUGGAGCAGGUACAAUGAGGCGCGGCCGCCUAACAACGGGCAGAAGUGCACCGAGAGCCCCUCGGAUGAGGACUACAUCAAGCAGUUCCAGGAGGCCAGGGAGUACUGAAGGGAUGGCAAGGUGCGCAGGUGCCACCUCCGGUUUUGAGGCACACACGUACUGCACUGAUCGCCACGUCUUCCUGUGUGUUUAAGUGUAUAUUUGUAUAUAUCACAUGAGUAUUUUUUAUGAAUUACACAAGGGAUGUGCAGCAGGCCCGUGUAACACCUGUGGGAAGCCACGCUUACCAUGCAAGGAUCUCCGUGGAGGUGGCCAUGUGGGCAGGAGGUUGGGACACCAGAGCAACCAGAGGAGGAGCCCUCUAGGCUCAAGGGUGUGAUCCAGUGUUUCCAGACACACAAAGGAGGAAAGAGACUGAAGCUGUAAACAUUAUAAGCAGUUUUUAUAUAUAACUUAUUUAAUACAAACGUGACUUGAGCUUAACCUUUUCUCUGGAGUUGUCAUUGUAAAGCUAUUUAAUCACUUUGCGAGAAUCAGAAAGAGCAGGGCCUAGGGAAGUGGGAGAGAAAAGGAAUUUUGCAAUGGUUUCCUUACAGAUAAAUAGUGCAAUGGAAACAUAUCCAAACAAGAAAACGCCCAUGUUAAGCCAAAUGUUGUGUAGUCAUACGGCACCUUGCUGGAGUCUCAGAUUCCAAAUUUCUCUUGCCUUAGACUGGGUAUUUGUAGGGGCAAAUCUGAGCCCUGGCUUUAAAUAGACUUUAAAAGAAAAGAUGAACGUUAGCAUAAUGCUCUGAUUUUACUAAAAGGCCCCCCAAACAGUAGAAUUUCUGCUCGUGUCUAUAGUAGGUUCAGAAGAUUGCAGUAAGUUCAGAUGUAAAAAGAGUAGCACUUUUCCAAAGGAAAAAAGCAAAACAAAUGCAAAAAGAACAGGGACCUCAUUUCACCUAAUAAUGUUUUCUCCACCAGUAUAUCCCCAGUAAAUACAAUAUAGAAAGGGAAGGGGUAAGCUGAAGUCUGGGAAAUCCUCAUUUUUUUAUGUUUUAAGAAAGAAGAAAACUGCAUUAUUUUUGUAAAGUAUUUAUUGAGUCGUUGGGUCUUGUGCAUCAAGCAAUUGUAAGAUGAUCUGGUUCUGUAGGGUAAAACUUAGGACAAAUAAAGAUUGGGUUCCUAUGCAAUAUUUUACUUGCAAAACUCCAGGAAAAGAGAGUAUAUAAUAAAAUCAUAAUAAAAUGUG